GUAGGUUGCAAGUCUGCGUGUCUGUAUGCCAGUGGCUCCUUGUGAUUUUUUCCUUUUGUUGGAUGUUGGAUUUUGCCUCUUGUGUUUUUUGCCUUGGGGAUUUUUUCUGUUGGACAUUGACAGUAAGUUUUUGUUACUUUUUAUUUAGUACAUUUUGAAAUAAAUCAUUUUGGUUCUGCACUUGGGGUCCUUCUCCUUUUUGUUUUACCCAGAUCUGUGACACUAACCCUUUAAAACAAAAACAACAAAAAAUUCAAGACUAAGACACUUGCGCUGUAGGGGAGAGUGGGGUAAGUUGAGCCACCCCCUGUUUCUUGGAAAUGGUAAAAGAAUUUGAUCAUGUGACCAAAUAUUUAGGAGAUGGGCAUCAAUUCAUGGAGUCUGUGAAGGUUAGAAGCACACAGACAUUUAUUUACAAAAAAAAAUUUUCACCCUUAAAAGUGAAUUUAGUCUGUCAUAAGUUUUAUUAGAAUUGUGUUCAGACCAAAAAAGAUCAUUUUAAAUUUUUUUUAUACAUCAAUUGUGGUAUCUAUGAGCGACAACAUGAGGUCAAAAACCUAGAAUAAAAGUCCACCAUUUUAGCUUACAAAGUCAUAAUAGUAGUUCUGGGGUAAGUUGAGGCAGUGGCGAGAGUCUGAUGAGAGGAUCAGAGUUUCAGUUCAGGUUGUUGAAAUAUGUUACUUUCUCUUCAGAAAUGCAGCUGUGAAUGUUCUGAAUCACUUAAAGACAUUUGCAUGUUAAAAUGGCUUUUUACAAAACAGCUUUUCAGCAGUUAUAUACAAUAAUAAGAAUUAUCGUACCAGUUGAAUAGAUUAAAAAUACGCAUGGAUGUGAAAAAGUGACUGUUAUUUAGAGAGAGAAGGUGAGGGAGGGCUGGGGUGGAGACUUACGCCAUACACGGGGUAAGUUGACCAUAGGAGACUACUUUUUUGUCAUGCUAUAUUAACAAGACAGUUACGUUUACACUCAUUCUGUUGGUUUGCAAGGAUGCACAACAUCUUGAAAUAUAUGCAGAUUCACUAGUUAGAGACAAAACUAUGAUUGACUUGAUGUAGUGAUCUGAAAUAUGAAAAAUGGCUCAUCUUACCCCGCUCUCCCCUACUGGAUUCAGGCAUUAUUAUUAUACAAAUGCACCAGGAUGAAUUUAAGCUUAUUUAAACUCCUUACAGCAGCUUGAAGUAACAAAUGGAAAUCUCAUGUUAGAUCAGAUUGAUGGGCUGAUUUAAUUCAUCCUUAUUUUAUGUGCUGAGAAGGAAUAAAUACGCCUCAUCAGCACAAAGUCAAAGUCUACAGAUAUCAGAUGGUGUUGGGUCAGGCCAAUAGAGUGGAGUAAAUGGUCCUCCUCUGAAUAAGGCACCGCCCAGCAUACAGCAGCAGCAGCAGCCUGGACAGCAGCAGACCACCGCGCGGAGUCAUGCAGCUGCUGCUGAUGUCCACUGGACUUAAUAUUCAUCUUUAUCGCUGCAGAAUCAGAUGACAGGAGGAAUCUGCUUCAGACUGUAAGUAGACGACUUUGCGCGUGUUCUUCAAAGUUUGUUUCGCGCUUACAUGUUUAUCCAAGCGGAAUCCCCCCCUUUUUUCCGGAUUUGGAAACGCUGGAGUGAAUUUCCGUUUGGAGUUGUCGGAGCUAGAUUUCGGAUUUACCGAGGCUGGGUACUUUCUAGUGGAAACAUGAAACAUAAAUAUCAAGAAAGAAAAAUUAAAAUAAAAAAGGAGGGAAAAUAUGCAGUUUUUCCCCCCGUUUAAAACAUCUAUUUCUUUGAAUUUUCAGCUCUGUCGUGUUCGACCAUAGACCACAGUUGUUCAUUUAUAGGAGUUGAAUUAAAAUGUCGCGAGUGUAUAAAUUAAUCCCCAGAGUACGCCAGCACAGAGCUGCAUGUCACUGUUGUUAGGCAACCUGUGACUAUACAUACACAGCAACUCCCUGAUCAAUGACAAUUAAGUGUUAGGCAAUAUCUCGACCAGUGUGUGUUUAGUUCCCACCUGGUGUUGUGUUAAAUUCAACAAAGUGUUUCCCUCAUCGUCCUCAUCCGCAGAAAAGAGAGGUGUCAUGUGAGUGAGUGGCUGUGUCAGGGUAAGAAAUAGUCUAAACCUUUAAAAAAAUCUUUGAACUUUGACCUUAAUGUUAGUGUGGGAUCAUUUCUCAAAUUAUGUUUUCUUCAUCAAGACUCUUUAAUAGACCAAUUUCACUACUCUUAUUUUAAAAAAUCUCCUUUUUUGCUUCAUUUGAGAUGCUCGUUUUCAUUUAUUACUAUGCGUUAUUCUAACAUCAUUAAAAAGGGCGUAAUCGUUUGUCAUAAGUUUUGUUAAAUAUUUGCCUAGGAAGUGGUUUUAAAAUAAUGUCUAUAUAUGAGAAGAUUUGAAAUCAAAACUUUGUCAGGGGAAAAAUUUGAUAAAUAUGAUGACAAUAAAGUAUUACAAGUAGGAGUCCUAUUUCUGCUAUUUCCCUGUGACUCAUGUACUGUAACUUAAUGCCGUAUGUCUUAAUGUCAUACGCCAAGCUGGUUGCACUGUUAAAGGCGGAUGUGUUUCUUUUUUCUUACACAGUUUGGUCAUUAAUUUCAGAAGUUCCCGUUUUAAGGAGGAUAUUAUUAAGAGCGGGUGUGAAAUUCUCUAUGAAAAAGGAAGCAAAGAAAAAUAGAAAGAAGCAACAAAAAUUUACGGCACAUGUUUACUGGUUUGUGAAAAGAAGAUCAGUGAGUCGUGCUGUAAUGAACGUUUAAGAUGUGAGAUGAGGUGAAAUGUUUCUUUAGUGAGACAAUCUUGUGUUAUUGUAAUACAGUUCCGUCAUGGAGUACUAAAAUGUAUUUUUAUUUAAAGAUAAGUUUUUCUGUUUCUGGGGUUCAGCCUGUUACAACCUCAAAUUACACAAUAGAAAUCUCCUUUUAUUUUAUUAAAGGCAUACAAAUUAUUGCUGUCUAUGUUGAUAGCUUACUGCGAUUUGAUUAAUGUCAAAAGUUAACGUGUUUUAAAUCACCCGCUGUGUGUAAAGUCUGGCUUUAAAGAUUUCAUAUAUUCAGUUAAUGAUUAACCAAAAAAAAAUACCCACUCAUGGAGGUACAAUGGUAUUUAUGAACAAUAAACAAACCCACUCCAGCACUCCCAGCCUGCUCAUAAGUUUCAUGGACUCAGUCUGCGGGAUCAGACCAUCUGCUUGAUUUCCUCACACUGAGAAACUGGCUGCCUCUCAGCCAGUGGGCGGUUAUGUUUCUUUUACUGUAAUCGUCACUGUAAUGUUCACUGUAGAGCUUGCCUUUCUUCUUACAUUUAGUAUGCACAGUUGAUUCUAGUGACUUCAUGCCUGACAUCAUCCGUGUCACAUAUUCCACCCAGUUAGAGGAGACAGGACUGCGUUAGAUUUCUUGCCACCGAACACCCUGUGAAUGAGCACAUGUGAGGCUUCUGCAGGCAGAUGCCAAGCCACCUCAUGUCUGCUCACACUUGUUGACGUCUGCUUGUUGUUCAGAGCGCUGAGGCCCGACGAGGGAAAGCUUCUCUUUAUUGGCAUCAUUUUCUGACACUCAUUAGUCUUGAAAAACUCCCUGAUGUUUAAGGCACUGGAAAAUCUCCACCCCAUCUACUGCGAUUCUCUUUGAAGCAUCAGAGAGGCCCGCUUAAUUCGGUGUCCCCCCAACAAUUGUGCUGCUUAAUGUGCUCUAUAUGCGCUGGCUUUACUGUCACUGUAAAGGCUGGCGCUGCUUUCUAAAGUUAACUGUGGAGUUUGUUAUUUGAUACAGCGGCAAGUGUUGGGAGAUUCCUGACAUAGACGGGGUGAAUUAUCUCCCCCCGCCGACACCAAACAGAUCUGGGAAAUUAGUUGCCAAGUCCAGGGGUGUGCCCAUAUGAUUUUCUGACCAAAGUUGUGGACUGUCUUGCCCAAGGGUGGUGGUGUAUGCUGGAUGGAUCACUCCCCUCGGUUUGGACCACAUGUGAUCUGCAGAUCGAUGUUUUAAACAAUCUAUCAUCGCCGUGUCUCGGUGAAACAGAAGUGUUCGGUGGACUUGAUCAAAAGUCAGAUUGAGAUGGACUUUCCAUUAUGAUGACUGUCAUUGUUGGUUUCAUAUAGCCUCAUCAGAAACCAGUGGUUGACCUCACUGAGUCUCAGUUCAUGUCGAAGUUUUUGACUGUUCGUCAGAUUUGUCAUUUUGGUUAAAAGUAGCAUCAGAUGUAGGGGAGACCGGGGCUUGUUGUCACAUGGGGAAGUUGUCACAUUGCAAUUAUCUUUGCCACCAGGGGGCGCAACUAGAAAGUGGAAUACUAGUUUUCUUCCUUUACAUGGUCAGGCGUCGUGUCCUGUCUGAGAAGAGGAGAGCACAUUGUGAGCUGAGAUGAGCGACAAUAAACCAUUUUGCUCUACCCAAAGUAAAGAAUGUUAAGUUUAUAUAUUUUAAAAUAAGAUUCUUCCAGAUAAAAAUCCUAGCAGUGAUACAUGUGGACUUGUUAGAGGAGAGAUUAAGGCAUCCUGUCAUACCUCAGUCAUCGUUCAGUUUUAAGAUAACUGUAAGCUAGAGCUAGAAUAAGUAAACACGGUAGUUUGGGGCAACAUGUCUCAGCCAUUUUGGGGUUAGUUGUCACAUGUUUAAAAGGGAUUAAAAUUAACAUAGAGAGUCUGCUGAUCAGCAGUUGUCAUAUUGAAACUUUGACUUUACUUUUACAGAGAAAAGAGUGGUUUAAAGGAGAAGAGAAGACAUGGUCAGGAAUUAUGAAAGAAAGACGGAGCAUGGCAGUGCAGUACCUGAUGUGAUCUUGAGGACAGUCAGGCAUGUGAUCCUAGUUAAUAAAUCAAUCUGGAGGACAAUAAAGGACUUUAAUGUCAACUACCAAACCUUUGCUCAGUACUGCAAAACAUUCACCCCAGCCCAAAUACAGAGUCAGACAGCUCUCCAAACUCCAGAGCAUGUUGCAUAAGAUUUUAUGUUAAUGUUUGUUCAAUGACUUUUUCUUUCUCAAUGAUAAACAUUUUCUGUGCCUGACUUUGAUGUUCAACAAUAAUUUUGUCCUUGUUUUAUUAGCUGCAAAAUCCACUGUGACAUCUUACCCCAUGUAGUGAGACAACUUCCCCGAUGGUGGGGCAACAUGUCACAUGUUCACACUCUAUAUAAUUGCUUAUAACUCUGCACUGACACAAGACAUGAAAAUGACAUGAAUAUGAAAUAUAUCCCUGAGACUUUGGUCUUUCAUCUGGUUCACAUUUUGUUCAUAUAUGAUGUAUUGAUUCCAAGGAAUAUAUGAGUGUAAAAACUGUGACAACAAGCCCCGGUCUCCCCUACUUUUUUGUAGCAUUAUAUUGUUUUUUAAUGUUGGAUGUUUUUCUUUUAUCACUGCAGAUUUUCAAGUAUGAGACACAGAACAAGGACUUUCUUGGUGGCAGGAGCUCUUGGUCUUUUAGCCCUCCAUCUCUGCAAAGAUUUUAUUGAACUCAAAAUCGUCCACCCCAAUGUUGUGGUGAGACAAACUGAGCCUCAACAGAAGCAUCCCAUCUCAAAGAACUCCUAUGUGUACAACUGGGCACAAUGUCAGCGAAAUGAGUCUGCUGCCAACGUCACAGGCUUCCGCUCUCUUCCUAGCAGCAUCAAAGACUUUCUGUUCUAUAAACACUGUCGUCACUUCCCUAUGAUACUGGACCUCCCUGACAAAUGUGGAGGAGCUGACAAAUCAGCAGAUAUUUUCCUUCUGCUGGUCAUUAAAAGCUCUCCCGGAAACUAUGAUCGUAGGGAGGUACUGCGUAAAACCUGGGCCAAAGAGAGGGUACACAACGGCGCAGGGAUCCAAAGAAUCUUCAUCUCAGGUACCACAGACUCUGGCUUUGAGAAAGAGAGACUGAACAAGCUGCUGCAGCUGGAGCAUGCAGAGCACAAUGAUAUACUCCAGUGGGAAUUCAGUGACACGUUCUACAACCUGACCUUGAAGCAGAUACUUUUCCUGGAGUGGAUGGAAAGAAACUGUCCAAAUGCUCGUUUUCUGCUCAAUGGCGAUGAUGAUGUUUUCGCCAACACAGACAAUAUGGUAGAGUAUCUCCAAGGCCUUGAGGACAACGAUGGAAGCAAACACCUCUUUACUGGUCAUCUGAUCCAGAACGUGGGACCCAUUAGAUCGACACAGAGCAAAUAUUAUAUCCCAGUGCAGGUACAUGAGUCAGAAUCAUAUCCGCCCUACUGUGGUGGUGGAGGCUUCUUGAUGUCUGGCGCUACAGCUUUGAUCAUAUACAAAAUGUCACAGUCCAUUACUCUUCUCCCCAUUGACGAUGUUUACAUGGGGAUGUGUUUGGCCAAAGCGGGACUUGGACCUUCUUCCCAUAUUGGUGUGAGGACAGCAGGACUCCACAUCCCCUCCAGCAAACUAGAUGGAUAUGAUCCCUGCUAUUACAAAGAGAUUUUACUGGUACAUCGAUUCCUUUCGGCUCACAUGUACCUCAUGUGGCACAGAGUACACGACCCCAAUCUGAAUUGUGAUCCCCCCAAGAAAAGGAUUUAGAACCACAAAACUAUGACUUUGUGGACUCGAGACGUAAUACAUGCAGGUGUGACCUCCAAUCUAUCAUGAGGACAGAUUUUAAAUUCACGUUUGUACGCUUCAAUGAAUCAUCUGUUUUCGUCAUUUUAUGCUGGACACAACUGGGCGAUAAAGAAGGGAAUAAAGAGACAUAUUUUGUCCUUAUAUAAAUCUGUUGACGUUUGUCGAAAGAAGAAACAGGGUAGCAAAGUUUCCUUCAAAAUAUUGUUCAAUUUUAGGAAUAAGAAUAAGAACUUUAUUAAUCCCCUAAGGGAAAUUUAAUUGUCUGUUGUCUCUCAUAAUAUGUCUCUCUGUCUCUUUGGAUUCAUCUGUGCUCCCAGACAAACAGGAUUUGCCUUUGCAUUUGUAAGUGUAUCUCUGUAUGCUUUACAGUGAUAGCUGUGUGUUUUUAAACUUUGAUUUUAUAUGAACCGGAAAAUCAUCGGUUGGAUCCCCAAAUGCCACUCUUUUCUUUUCAUUCAUUUCACACUCAGUUAAUGAAACAGCAAGCACUUGACACACCCAUGGCAUGAACUGAACCACAACUGUACUAAGAGUGUCAACUGUGUGUUUUUACUGUCUGACAAACGGCCUCAAGUUUGUUUUAUGCAGACAAACAGUCCAGCCUGUCAGAUCUAUGUUUGGACCUCGCCUUUGUUUAUCUGGGAGUGUCACUUUUUCUUGUAAUGCUUUUCCUUUGCUGAUCCCACUUUCAGGAAGGCUGGGUGUUGAUCUGUUAAUCAGUCUGACAACAAACUUAAUCAUGUCCAUAGCACAUAAUUGCUCCAAUGGUGGGAAAUUUCCUACUUGUGUUACGCCACACUUUUAGUGAUUUUUUCCAAUACAAAUAUUUAUACUGCACAUAGGCAAACUGGUUAACAGGUGCACACUGUUUGUGUAGUUGUUAAUGAAGAGGCGUUACUUUUUUUCUCAGGGUUUCUUAGGACAGUGAGGUAACUCACCUUUUUGAUUAAUGUAUGUAAACUUUUUUUUAUCUAAGUGUUUUUUUCUGUUUAUUUAUGUUCAAAAUGUUCGGGGGGGUAAUGAUUUUUUGGUUCUUAUAUGUGCUUCACUGGGAAAAAGUUGUGAAAGGAGUAAAGUGCACACAUUUUGAAAACUGCAGUCAUAUUCAGGCAGAGGUCGUAUGCUUUAGGACGUCCUGUCGAAAUAUCCAACUCUGUUAAAAAUGUGCUGCUAAAAUGAAGUUUUAUACUCUUAUUUUUAUAAAGAUGGCUUUGAAAUGAAAUCCUGCACUGCAAAUAAAAAAAGGGAUGUUUUGUUGGACUAAAA